UCAGGCUGAAAAAUCCCGUUGACGUUGCCGUUGCCUUUGCCUUUGCCGUUGCCCAUGCACGUUGCAUGGCACCGUUGGAUGGACCGCUCAGCGACUUUCUAGCCAGUAUGUCCCAACCACCAAAGCUGGGGCAGGCAUCGACGUAGACGACAGCGACGACGACGACAACAACGACGACGACGACAACGACGACGGCGGCGGCGACGGCGAUGACGAUGGCGAUGGCGACGACAAAACUCCUGCUGCACAUUAAGUCAGGCAACAGUUUAACGUGGAAAUUAUUGCGAAUUUGUUGUGUGUUUUUGCGACAGGCGACACAAGCGACAAACAAGAAAAAAAUAAAAGCAACGCGGGAUAAACGCGAGCGAAUUGCCAGCAAUAACAACAACAGCAGCAUCAACAUCAACAGCAGCAACAGCAACAAUCAUUUUUUUAGUGUUAAGUGCAGUUAUACUCGAUUGUUAUUGUUGCCGGCCUACAGAUAGCUGUAAACACACACAUACAGUCACACACACAUAGCCACACACACUCAUAGACGAACAAAUAACACACGAGCAGCCGGCAUAUUAGCUCAGAGAGAGAUAGCGAGCGAGAGAGCAACAGUCAGAGCGCCAAAGAGAGCGCAAGUGGCCAAAGCUUUGAAAUACCGUUUUAAUUAAAAGCAAACAAAACAAAACAAAAGCAACAAAAGCCGAAUCAAUUUUCGAUUUUGCGAAGCAAACCAACAACAUAUUAGCAGCCAUUUCGAGUUCGAAUUCGAAUUCGCAGCUGUUACUAAUAACUAAUUAAGAGAGAGAGAGAGAGAGAAAGAGGGAGUGGAAGAGAGUGUGGCAGUGCGAGAGAGAGGGAGCGAAGGAGUGCGAGCGCGAUGCCGCAGCGUUCGCCAUUUGCCAUACAAGAGCUGCUCGGCCUGGCCGUUGCGGCAGCAGCCGAAACGGCCACCGAUUUAACAACGGCAACAACAAACAAUGCGCGCGAAACGCCAACGCCGCCAACAACAACAGCAACAAAUGCAGCGCAUUACAACAGCAGCAGCGGCAGCUUGGGAGCAGCAACAGCAGCAGCAGCAACUGCAGCAGCCAACAGCUUGGCUACCUUGGAGCAGCAACAGCAACAACAACAACAGCAACAUUUUAGGGAUCACCAACAGCAACAACAACUAACAAUGGCAGCCGCCUCGCGCAUGGCGUAUUUCAAUGCACACGCAGCUGUGGCCGCUGCCUUUAUGCCCCAUCAGCUGGCCGCUGCAGUGCAUCAUCAUCACCAUCAUCCGCACUCACAUCCGCAUUCGCAUCCGCAUACGCAUUCGCAUCACCAUCCGCAUCAUCCACAUCAGCAUCACACGCAACAGCAGCAGCAGCAGCCGCCUCAGCCGCCGCCGCCGUUGCCAGCAGCAAUGCCAAUGCCACCGCAUCACCCGCUGCUACAUGCGCAGGGAUUUCCGCAGCUGAAGAAUUUCGCUGGCACCGGAACAUGUUUAACGGGUUCGUUGGCUGCCAAGGACUUUGGCAUGGAUGGCUUAAAUGGCUUCGGUGUUGGUCCCGGCCUGGGGCCCAAUGGCAAAAAGAAGAAGAAGAAGCGUCGGCACAGCCGCACCAUAUUCACCAGCUACCAGCUGGAGAAGCUGGAGGAAGCAUUCAAGGAGGCCCAUUAUCCCGACGUCUAUGCCCGCGAGAUGCUCUCACUGAAAACGGAACUGCCGGAGGAUCGCAUACAGGUUUGGUUCCAGAAUCGUCGCGCCAAAUGGCGCAAGACCGAAAAGGUCUGGGGCGGCAGCACGAUAAUGGCCGAGUACGGCCUGUACGGGGCCAUGGUCCGGCACUCGCUGCCAUUGCCGGAGACGAUACUGAAGUCGGCCAAGGACAACGAUGCGGUGGCGCCCUGGCUACUAGGUAUGGAACAGAAAUGCAUGCAUCGGAAAUCAAUUGAGGCGCAAUCAACGCUCAAGGACGACUCCGGCGUCAGCGAUCAUGAAGAUUCGGCUGGCUCCAAGUCCGUUCACUCGGAUGAGCUGCGCUCGCAUUCGCGCGCCCUCAGCUCGUCGACGGAGUCCCUGAACGUGGUCAGUCCGGCGCCGAGCAGCUGUCCGACGAACGCCUCCACUGCGCCGCCCACGUCGACGACGCCGCACGGCAGCAGCGGCUAUGCGGCUGCCUCGUCGGCGGCAACCACGCCCACCGGCGCCACCACCAACAGCUCCGGCUCGCCGCACAUUGAGCUCAGCUCGCCGUCGCCCUCGCAGCAGCAGCAACAGCAACAACAACAGCAGCAACAACAGGCGCAACACCAACAACAGCAGCAGCUGCAGCAGCAACAGUUGCUCCAACAGCAGCCGCCGCCGCCGCCGCCCGCCCAGCUUUAUGCCGUUGCCACGCCCAGCUACCAUCCGCUGCUGGAUGCGGCGAAUGCAGCAGGCGCUGGCGCCGCUGCCUCCAGCAAGGACUUCCACUUGAUAAUGAACACAGCCGUGGCAGCAGCUGCAGCAGCAGCUCAACACCAGCAACAACAGCAGCAACAGCAGCAACACCAACAUCAACAGCAGCAGCAACAACAACAACAACAACAGCAACAACAGCAACUGCAUGCGCAUCAUUUGUCGGCAGCAGCAGCUGCUGCAGCGCUCAUGGAGCACGAUCCGGAUGCGUUUAGAAACAAUUCGAUUGCCUGUCUGCGCGCCAAGGCGCAGGAGCAUCAGGCGCGGCUGCUCAACAACGGCGGACUUUUCCUGCAGGUGCGCAGCUUUGCCCAGGCUCAGGCGCAGGCGCAGUGUGAUAUGCUCAAGGAGCGCAGCAAUAGCAGCAGCAACAACAACAACAACAACAGCAGCAGCAGCGCCUAUCAAAUGCUGCAGCUGCAGCAAUCGGUGGCAACGGCUGUGGCGCCCAUCAAAAUGGAGCUAACGUCUGUGGGCGGCGGUGGCAGCCACGCCCACAGCGAUAACGUCUGACAUGCAGCAGCGACAGCAGCGUUGCCAGAUCACUUUCAACGGCACUUUUAGCUCCACAACAAAGCAAAUGAAUCCAAAAAUUAUAUACAUAUAUAAAUAUAAAAGAAACCACAAUUUUUUUUUCUAGAUCUAAACUAUUUAUUCGUUAUACCUAAUCAAAACAAAAGAAAAUCAAUUAUUGUCAUGUGUAAUCCAUAUAUGAUAUGAUAUAUGCGUAAGUUUCGUUUAGCUCAUAAGCGUCAGAAAUGUAAUAUUUUUUAAUAAACGCAUUAUCCACACACAA